UGGUUUACAGCCUAAAAGGGUUUUCGGUUUCUGCGUUUCAUGGGCUUUCUUUAUUUGUGCAUUUGUGCAUUGUUCUGCUUUCGAGAUCUUGCGACGGUAAAUUAAUUCGGCUUUGAACAUUUGACUUUGGCAGUCGAAUCAGUCUGGAAAGGCAUAAGACGGGAACAGAAGCGAUAACUUGAAUACGCAAUAUCUAAGUGACGCCGGCCACCUUAAGCCUCGGAGGCAUACGGACGACGAAGUUUUCCUUUUCCCUUUGUUCUUUCUUUCUCCAUGUCCAAAAGACAUUCUUACAGGUUGAAAAUACGCUCGUUAUAGUUUCUAGUGCAGUACAAAACGGUUUACGGUUUACGGUUUACCGGUCUUUCUUAGUUUGUGUUGUGUUCGAGUUGAAAGUUUAAAGUUUAAAACAAAAAGUUCGGACAAGAAAUACUGAAAAUUAACAGUUUGCAUUAUAAAUGUGAAAAAAGUUCAGUUUAUGUAUAAAGUACUAAAGUUGUUAGUAAAACAAAGUUAUCAACGUGAUAUAAAAAGUAUGUUCGACGCGGUAUGGAUUGCACGCAUUGUGCCUUCAAGAGCAAAUACUGCACAGGCUCUUAUCGAUACAGGCUAGAAUAUUUCAUCAUGUCAGACUCUGGUUCAGAAAGUUCCUCUUCUGAGGGUUAUGAUGGAAGGAGAGAGCGUGUUGCAUCAGCUGACAAUUUGGCAUCACCAAACUUCUCACAUCAUUCAUCUAUAUCUGGACGUAAAUCUAGAGCAAGUUCUAUUUCUUCAAGAGAAAAGUCACCUGGAUCUGUUUUAUCAGAAAGGGAUUCAAAAUCUCCGAGAUAUACACCAAUAUCUCCAAAAUCUCAAAGAUCUGGAUUAGCUUCUCCUAGUGAAGUGGGUUCUCCAAGAUCAGCUCGUAGUUUAUCAAAAUCACCACCUGCUUCGCCAAAAUCAUAUCACUCAGAAAACAAUUCUUUAGAUUCACCAAGAACUGAUCGGAGUUUAUCUCGUUCUCCUAUACAAGAUGAGAGAUCAUCCCCAUCUACUCCCCAAGAUUCUAAAUCUAUACAUCUUGAAGAUACAGAACCUAAACAGUUUGAACUGGAAGUAGAUACACAAAGAUCUGGAGACAAUUCUCUCAAAUCAUAUUCUUAUAAAAAUAGUGAAUCGAGACAGAGUUCACCAAAGUCGCCAAGAUCUGGACGUAGUUCACCGAAAUCAUUAUUAUCCGCAAGGAGUUCUCCAAAAUCUGGUCCAGCAUCUCCCAUGGAUGAUCAAGAAUCAGAAAAACAUUCACCGCCUCAGUCCCCACCUAUAAAAGCUUCAUUCAAUGAAUUAGAUGGAGAACAAAUUUCAGAUGGAGACAUCGAAGAUGAACCUGAAUCAAUAACUAAAUCAAAACCUACUCCGAUUACACAUGGUGAAGAUUUAUCAGAUGUUUCUGAUCUAGAAAGUAUAGAUGGAGUUGAUGGUACUACUGAACAUGAAUCAGUACUGAAAGAAAAUCAACAAAAUGAAGAGAAACGUAUAAGUAACGAUAAAAUAGAAAAAGAAGAUAAACAUGCACCAGUUGGACUAACAGAAGAAAGUGAACAAUUAGAUUUCGAAGCUGAUGGUCAAUGGAAAGAUGAACGUGAUGAAGGUGAAACAGAAGGACCAGUUAUCAAAGAAAACAAAGACAGAGAUGAUAAAGAUGGAAAAGACAAAGAUAAAGAUAAAUUGAAAAUAAAAGAAGGUGGUGAUACGAAUGAUAAGGAAGAGGGAGAAGAAGAUGGAGAAAAAGUAGAAUCUGAAUUAGAAGAAGGAGAACUUAGUGAUGGUGAUGAUGUUCGACCCGAAGAAACAGAACCGAGACCUAUUUGCCGCUUCUAUAACCGAGGUCAAUGUACAUGGGGAGUUAGCUGUAGAUUUUUACAUCCAGGUGUAACUGACAAGGGAAAUUAUACUAUGUUUGAUAUGGUAAGACCAAUGGCAUAUCCACCACAUGCAGCUGCUCCGCACGAAUUCAGACCGCACAUUGAUAGGCCAAAUAUGGUGCGACCAUUGCCUGGAUAUGGAGCACCAGCACAUACAUCGAAAGUAGAAGAUUUACCUACUGAAUCUGCGUGGGAACGUGGAUUACGACACGCUAAGGAAAUGAUGCGCAAAGCAAACAAACGCAAAGAAUCAGACAUGGAUUUCGAAGAAAAGAAAAUGAACUUAAGUUUAGGACAAGAUGAAUUAGAUAGAGAGGCAGGAUAUUAUGUAAGAGCGGCCAGUCCAGAACCACCUGUUGAAAGAUGGCCACCUAGAGAAGCACCUAGGAGGAUACCACCACCAAGACUUACACCAGAAAGAUACAUCGAUGAUCCUGAUACUUACUAUGCACCACCAGCAGCUCCACCACCAGAAUAUUAUAGGAGGGUACAUUAUAAAGCAGACACUCGAAUCACUGCUGAAUAUAGAGAACGUAUCGAUUAUCACGCAAUACCUCGGGGAACACCACAUUCUGUUUCUCCACCGCCGCAUACCAGGGAAAGAGAAAGAGAAAGAGAACGAGAGCGGGAACGCGAUAGAGAACGAGAAUAUUAUGAGAAGUAUGAGAAGAAACAUAAACGUCCGUCAAGGGAAGUUAUAGUGGAACGUAUUCCACCGACGAAACCUUGGCGAGAGGAGGAGCCACCACCAGAGGAAAGGAGUAGAGGAGAUGAGUGGGCAGAUCCUUGGAUGCGCCGGAAAUCUCCGAGUACAGUACGUCGAAAUGCAUCGUCUCGACGAUCACGAAGGCAAUCAUAUUCCUCGGGUUCUUCGUAUACAUCAACAAGUUCUAGCCGUAGCUCGAGCCGCUCUAGCUACAGUUCUUACGACUCCCUAUCCAGGUCCCGUUCACCAUCCCCUCCCUCUAGAACUCGUGGUACCGGCAAGGGAAAAGUGGUGGUGACAUCGCCACCAUCCAAUCCUCCAACAGUCGCAGCUGCUGCACCUCAACGAGGUGCUAUGUUAAUGAACCCACCUGCUCCUUCUCCUCGUCCACCUAAAGGUUCCAUUUCCCCUACAACUGGUACGCUUCACCGACGUGCUGGUCUUAACCCACCAGCGCCGAGUCCGCUUUCUUCUCAUCAGCGUCAUCAUGAAAAGGCAAGGGAUAAAGCAGCGAUAGCAGCUGCCGCAGUGGCUAAAGUUAUUAAAAGUCGAUCACGAUCGAGGUCAUCGCACAGUAGUUCUGGUUCUGAAAGCAGCGGUAGCAGUAGUGACUCUAGCGAAUCGAGUUAUUCCUCUUCUUCCAGUGAAACACGUCGAAGGAAAGGUUCGACCCCGCCAAUAACACGAAAAGAUUCCAAGGGUAUCGAUGCCUUAAAGCUUAGUGGUACUAAACAACAGAUCAAACUUACAUUAAAGCCACCAAACAAUACUACGGCAGUAAAAAAAGUUGAUCGAUCUGCUUUGAUGGCUGGGAAGAAAAGAGGUUUAGAAUCACCACCGUUGAUUGACAGUAAAGCAAGCGUCGCUGCAGCUGCAGCGAAAGCGGCAAAGAAAGCAAGCUCACGACGAGAAGAAUUGUUGAAACAACUUAAAGCAGUAGAAGACGCAAUUGCACGUAAGAGAUCAAAAGUGUAAUAAUGCAGUAUAUUUUUAUUGUUUUGGACCCUGUAUGUACACAUAUGUAAACACAAAUAUUUCCUAAGUAUAUAUAAUUAUUAUAAAUGCGUGAUAUGAAAAACAAAGUGGAAAAUUCAUAUCAGAACAAAAAGGCAUUUCUAAUUUCACAAAUUUUUCUAACCAUGAUGUUGAUAUUUGAUAUACUAUGAUAUAUCAAUUUCUGAAUUGUUUUUCAACGUGUAAACCAGCGUACUAUGUCAAGCAAAUGUAAUACUGUAUCACUCUAGUUUCUUUGUUAUUGGAAGUUUAAAACUAUAUGUGCUUCACUACACAUGCACAGAAUGGAAAAAAAUGUUUGAUCUUGUCUAUCAUAGGUAAAUUUUACAUCGUAUAUUUGAUGGAAAAACAUGUAAAGAACUUGCCGCAAAAUUACCAGAAAGAUUAAACUUGCUAAGAAACUAUGCGUCGUAACUUCUUUUGAAAAAUGGCAAAAAAGAUUGACGAAAUCAACGAUUGAUUCACAGAAUAGAAAUAUAAACAAAAUUCAAGGUCAAUUUUGCGGCAAAUUCACUUAUAAAACUGUGUAAAAUUCACUUAUAGUCAAGAUCAAAGAUUUAUUUCCACCUUAUACGCAUAUGCCUGUAUGCGAAUAUACAUGUAUAUGUAAAAAUGUCGAAUGGACAUACUUUGUGGAAUGGAUAUACUUUGUAAGAAUUCAAUGAUCAUGAUAAUUUGUAGACGUAGGAUAAGAAUAAACUGCAAAAUAAGGUCUUAAAACUGCCAAAUGCACGUAAAUAAAAACAAACGUGUAAUUUAUUUAUGUGUGAGUGAAAAAUUCUGUUGAAAUAUACAAUAUAUUUAUUAUUAUAGCAAACCUACUAUUUUUAAAUAAAUGCAAACAAGUUUGGUGAUA